AUGGCAAAUAACUCUACCAGUUUCGUCGAUAUUAGUAGAGGACACGCUGUCUGCUUCAUGUCGGUACCGACAUUUGAUCCCUAUGACACGAUAAAUCGUCCAGAUUCUAUUUACCCAAAUUGGGCCUUUCUCGCUACGCUCAAUGGCAUUGCCUCCUUACCGACUGCCUUUAUCAACGCCUUGAUCAUAUGGGUAGUGGUCGAGAAUAAAAAUCUAAGAUCGUCAGCAUUCAACGUUUUGCUGGCWUCCUUAGCAGUGACAGAUUUCCUGGUAGGAUUGUUGAUCGAACCGACAUACUGUCUCUUACUGGCAUGUUUGCUGAAUGAGUGUUAUUCUCCUUGUCAAUUCACUGCGUAUGUUUUGCUAACACUGGCUUGCUGUGGUACGACAGUGGUGACCUUUGCGAUUGCCACUGCUGAGCGGUAUUUAGCCAUAGAACACCCGAACUUUUACCUUAAUAACGUUACAGGAAAAAGAGUCUUGAUAGCAACGAUGAUUUUCUGGGCAGCAACGCUAGGAAUUUCGAUAGCGUGCAGCACUUUUAUGAACAAAAACCAUCCCCAUCUUGCGAAAGUCCCUUUCAUGGUAGUCAUAAGUGUUAGUGUUUUGAUUAUUUUGUACUGUACAUCCAAAGUGCAGCUGACAGCUUAUCGUCAGAGAAAAGACAUCGCCCAUCAGCAAGAAUCAACUCAACAGCCAGACAAACACCAGCAACAAGAGAAUCGACUCGUGGAAUACAAGAAAGUGUCCAUGACUGUCACGAUUGUGGUUAUGUCAUUUCUCUUUUACAUGCCUUUAAUUAUAACCACUGUUAUAGAAGCCUUACGUAAAGAUGUCAGUCGCGAUUUCAAGUACCACGCAGUCUUUGUUUGUCUAACGUUUGUACAUCUCCAGUCUCUCAUCAUCCCAAUCAUUCUUUCUCUGCGUCUGUCCUACAUUCGUGAAGGCAUCAAAAACAAACUUGUUUGCUUUACGGGGAACUGA